AUGAUCAUCCCCAUCGAGGCCGCACAGGCUGCGCUCUCCCUCGCCUCCCUUGCCUCCCCUCAUGUGACGGACUACAGCGUCUCAGCGGGGCGCAUAGGCGAAUGGACUCACCCCGACGACACGCCAGCCAUGUCCUUCCUCGACAGCGACGGGACGUACUACUACCAAUCGUCUGACGCGUCGUACGGCAUAACCCAAACCCGACAAUGGCAUUUCUGGACCGGCGCAGACAUGGACCACUCUGCCGAGGCUCCAAUCUCACAUGCGGUAAAUCCCACCAACCCGCUGGAUCGGAACGACAACACUACCUGGCGAUGCAAUAAUUCACCAACUGGCAAAAUGUCGAGUUAUAGGCCAGACGGCGUCCGGUCUUGGCCAGACCCGAUGGACUAUAGCCAGAAAAACUACUGCGACCUCAUGGGACUCUGGGUCGACCCGGACUCGGGGGACUGGUUCGGGCUGAUACAUAACGAAUUCACACCGGCUCCAUUUGGCGAUAGAAUGCACUUUGACGCCAUCGACCUUGCUGUUUCGAAAGACCAUGGAGCGACAUGGGACAUACGCCAACAUAUCAUCACCUCCCCUUAUGAUACUAUACGAAACGAUACGACAACCUUUCCGGGGGACACGUAUUACUGGGGCGCGGGGGACCAGCGUUUCUUGGCCGAUAUAAGGAGUGGGUACUUUUAUAUCUGGUACGGCAGCCGGGUGGUGGACAAGGGCACGAAUGGGACGUGGCACGGCUUUGGAUGGCACGUCGCGCGUGCUCGUAUGGACCGCAAAUUAGAGGCGGGGAGUUGGAGCAAGUUUUACGACGGCAAGUGGAUCGAGCCAGGCCUUGGGGGGAAGGAGAGCUCACUCUUUCCGAUCGAUUACCAGCUCGACGGAUGGGAUGGGGCUUGGGAGGACGGAUAUAUCGCUCCAGAACGCGAGUAUGAUCCCCACAACUCGGGGAGUGGGGAGGACCAGAUCGCGCGAGGACUCAUGCCGCCAACCUCCCCCCUCUUCUGGAUGGACGUGAGUUACAACGCCUACCUCGGUCUGUAUAUUGGCCAGCCUAGCGCGAUCGACAAGAACAAGUCAUCGCCGCAGAAGGUCUAUGCGACGAAUAACCUCGACUCACAAAGAUGGUUCCUCCUUGGCGAUACGGGCGAUUACAAAACGACUUCGGCCUACCGAUUCAUGCUCGACUCUGUGAGCCGCACAGGCCAGUGGAUACUGGGCAAGGUGUUCCGGGGCUACUGCUCGUUCGGGUGUUCGGCGGGUGACGCAGAGUACGUCGAGAUCACCGUCGACGGGCCACGAUUCGAGCCGGUCGAUACUGGCGUCUACCGAAUUAGUGGUCUCGGCCUUGGAGAGUGGAGAUUCGAACCGACGGGAGAUGGGGCAUACACCAUCCACAGUACGGGAUACCUCGGCGUACGCGAUAUCCCUUCCGACCGCGCGUGGAACACCCGAACCCGCCUCCUCCCGACUCCUGGGAUCGGGACUCAGUGGUGGGUCAUCCCGGCUGCAUCUGGAGACAAGAUCCGCCUGGUGAACCGGUACUCUGGCCUCGCCCUCGCUAUCACCAAACACGGAGCCGUCACUGUACCGCAGCGGUCGUGGGAUGGCGCCCGGACGGCGGCGGAACAGGAGCUCGUCCUCACGCCUGUGUAG